AUGAGGGAAGUCAUUAGUUUGAACGUCGGCCAGGCUGGCUGUCAAAUUGCCAACUCGUGCUGGGAGCUUUACUGCCUCGAGCACGGGAUUCAGGCGAGUGCUUUAUCCCCCGAUGGCUAUCUCACCGAGGAACGCAAAGCCAUCGAGCCCGACCAAGGCUUCAGCACCUUCUUUUCCGAGACUGGGACUGGCAAAUAUGUCCCUCGUACCAUCUACUGCGACUUGGAACCCAAUGUCGUUGACGAAGUCCGCACCGGCGCAUACCGAAGCCUGUUCCAUCCGGAGCAGAUGAUCACCGGAAAAGAGGAUGCUUCCAACAACUAUGCCCGGGGACACUACACGGUGGGAAAGGAGCUCAUUGACCAAGUCCUCGACAAGGUUCGUCGUGUUGCCGACAACUGCAGUGGUCUUCAAGGAUUCCUGGUCUUCCACUCAUUUGGAGGUGGCACCGGCUCCGGCUUUGGUGCCUUGUUGAUGGAGCGUCUCUCUGUUGAUUACGGCAAAAAAUGCAAGCUCGAGUUUUGCGUGUACCCGGCUCCCCAGGUCGCUACCGCCGUGGUCGAGCCCUAUAACUCGAUUCUCACCACUCAUACCACCUUGGAGCACUCGGAUUGCAGUUUCAUGGUUGACAAUGAAGCAAUCUAUGACAUCUGCCGACGCAGCCUUGGAAUUGAACGACCCAACUACGAAAACCUGAAUCGGUUGAUUGCACAAGUCGUGUCGUCUAUCACUGCUUCCCUCCGAUUUGACGGCUCCCUCAAUGUCGAUCUUGCAGAGUUCCAAACCAAUCUCGUCCCCUACCCUCGCAUUCACUUCCCUCUGGUGGCCUACGCUCCGGUUGUCUCCGCAGCUAAGGCACAACACGAAGCCAACUCCGUUCAAGAGAUCUCCAUGUCUUGCUUCGAACCUAACAACCAGAUGGUGAAAUGCGAUCCUCGCAACGGCAAAUACAUGGCCACUUGCUUGUUGUAUCGCGGUGAUGUUGUCCCCAAUGAUGUUCAUCAAGCCGUUGCAACUCUCAAGACCAAGCGUACCAUUCAAUUUGUCGACUGGUGUCCUACGGGAUUCAAGAUUGGUAUCUGCUACCAACCUCCUCAGAUGGUGCCAAAUGGCGAUCUCGCCAAGGUCAGCCGUGCAGUUUGCAUGCUUUCCAACACCACCGCUAUUGCCGAGGCGUGGUCUGCGUUGUCUCACAAAUUCGAUUUGAUGUACUCCAAACGCGCUUUCGUUCAUUGGUAUGUCGGUGAGGGAAUGGAAGAAGGCGAAUUCUCUGAAGCCCGCGAGGAUCUAGCUGCUUUGGAGAGAGACUACGAGGAGGUUGCCAGUGACUCCCUCGAGGAGGGUGAUGUAUCUGAGGUUGAGCACUAA